AUGGCACCAGCGCGCGCUCGAUCUCGAGUCGCCAGCGAGGGUUCGGUAAGGUGGCCGAAUCCCACUCAUCUCAGUAGCAGCAAGCUGGCAGCCGAAUAUCAUAACACCCUUCGCGAACAAAGUCGACUACCCGGUGUAGACCAGCGGUCCUUGGCCACAGAUGUUUCGCGCGACACGGAAGCGGCUUCAAAGUUAUCUAUCGGCACCAGCACUACUACUGCUACUGCUCCUACGACGCGCCGUUGGAUCCCCGCCAGACCAAAAACGAGCGACUGCAACGCCAAAUCGUCAAGGAAAUACUCGGGCAAGAGAGACAACAACAGCAGCAGCAGCAGCAACAUCCUUGGCCCACCUCUGCAGCAACUGUCGCGAGAGGAAAUCGAAGAGUUCGAGACACUACCACUAGCCGUACGCCGCAAGGUUAGUUGA